ACUCUUAAGAAUCUCAGGUGUAUCUCUUUAGUUUGAAGGUUAGAUUCAGAAUCUGUAGAUUCAGUAGCUUUGUGUCCUCUUUGUGCGAUCUUUCUGUUGUAUAUAUACAGUUUCAAAAGUGUUUUGGUUGGUGUGGUAUGAAUAUGAAGAAGCAGAUCAUGGAUGAGUCUGAGAAAUUAUGUUUCAAGAAGUCAUUGAUGCCGCGGCCUCCUCCUCCAUCGCUUCCUCCAUCUCCAGGAUAUGGAUCAAGAAAGAUCGAAGGAGACAGCAUAACCAAUAAACAGAUCAAGAAGUUCUGGAGGCAGAAGCAAAUCAUUGAAGAGGAACAUCUCUUUGCUGCUAUUAAGUCUGCAGCUCGCGUCAGAGCUCGUAAUCUCUCUGAUGAGGACUACAAACGCUAUGAAGAAAGCUUGGACAUGGAGGACUCGGAAACCGAAGUUCAUGAAGGGAUAAAAGACUGGUGGACGAAGAGCAAGUACGCAUACUUGAACCAGCCGGCUCUUGGAUCUGCAGAUUCACUGAAGAGAAAGAAGUUUUCCUCUUAUGUGCCAAACUGUUUCACAUUCAAGCCUUGCAUUCCUCUCUAUGCAACGUCGCUCAAUGUCUUUUAAACUACGAGCAAAAUCCCUGCAACAUCAAUUGUUUUGUAAAAUAUAUAUUUUUAUGUGCGUGUGUCUAUGUCUGUGUAUAUACAUGUGUUACCAGUUUAUGUUAAUGGAUCUGGACUUUGGUGUGUGGUUGUUGGUUUGUAACUGUUUAAUAAAAUUCAAUCUUACUAUGGAACAUUAAUUUCUUCUUGUUCCAUAGAUGAUAAGGUUAUUGUACUUUGGUGUUGUUAUAAUAAAAUUAAUACAUCUCAGAAGAA